UCCCCUCCAUAUUCCUUCACGCUUUCCAUAUUCCUUCCUUCAUUCAUCCGCACUGCACACCUCGUCCACAGGCAUCAUGGUGCUCGAUUUAGACCUGUUUCGCACCGACAAAGGCGGCGAUCCUGAAAUCGUGCGGGAAACCCAGAGGAAACGGUUCAAAGAUGUGUCUCUGGUGGAUAAACUGGUCGAGGCGGACACAGAAUGGAGGAAAUGUCGCUUCACUGCAGAUAAUCUAAACAAGGCCAAGAAUCUGUGCAGCAAAGCCAUUGGGGAAAAGAUGAAGAAAAAAGAGCCAGUUGGUGAUGAUGACACACUUCCAGAAGAAGCUCAGAAUCUGGAAGCCCUCACUGGAGAAACAUUAUCACCCCUUACGGUGACUCAGAUAAAGAAGGUGAGGUUACUGGUGGACGAGGCCGUGCAAAAAACAGACAGUGAUCGGUUAAAGCUGGAGGCGGAGCGCCUUGAGUACCUGAGAGAGAUCGGCAACCUCCUGCAUCCCUCUGUGCCCAUCAGUAACGAUGAGGAUGCUGAUAAUAAAGUGGAAUGCACCUGGGGCGACUGUACGGUGCAGAAAAAGUACUCUCACGUAGACCUGGUUGUCAUGGUGGAUGGAUACGAAGGGGAAAAAGGAGCCAUAGUGGCUGGAAGCAGAGGAUACUUCCUCAAGGGGCCUUUAGUUUUUUUGGAACAGGCUUUAAUUAACUACGCACUGCGGAUCCUGUACAGCAAGAACUACAACCUUCUGUACACACCCUUCUUCAUGAGGAAAGAAGUCAUGCAGGAGGUCGCUCAGCUCAGCCAGUUUGACGAGGAGCUCUACAAGGUGAUCGGGAAGGGGAGCGAGAAGUCUGAUGACAAUACAGUGGAUGAAAAGUAUUUGAUUGCCACAUCGGAGCAGCCAAUCGCCGCCUUCCUGAGAGAUGAGUGGCGGAAGCCAGAAGACCUUCCCAUCCGCUAUGCCGGCAUCUCCACCUGCUUCAGACAGGAAGUGGGCUCUCACGGCAGAGACACACGUGGGAUCUUCAGGGUCCAUCAGUUUGAGAAGAUUGAGCAGUUUGUCUAUGCCUCUCCUUAUGACGGGAAGUCCUGGGAGAUGUUUGAUGAGAUGAUUGGAACUACUGAAGAGUUUUAUCAGUCAUUGGGAAUCCCCUACCGCAUUGUCAACAUUGUAUCAGGUGCUUUGAACCAUGCGGCUAGUAAAAAGCUGGAUUUAGAGGCUUGGUUCCCAGGCUCCCAGGCUUUUAGAGAACUUGUGUCAUGCUCAAACUGCACAGACUACCAGGCUCGCCGCUUACGAAUUCGCUACGGGCAGACCAAGAAAAUGAUGGACAAGGCUGAGUUUGUGCACAUGCUAAAUGCCACCAUGUGUGCGACCACUCGUGUUAUCUGUGCUAUCCUGGAGAACUUUCAGACAGAGGAAGGCAUCAUUAUUCCAGAACCUCUCAAGGCAUUCAUGCCUCCAGGUUUAACAGAAAUGAUCAAGUUUGUGAAGCCAGCCCCCAUUGACCAGGAGGCAGCCAAGAAGCAGAAGAAACAGCAGGAAGGAGGGAAGAAGAAGAAACAGCAGGGUGGUGAUGCUGAUCUAGAGAACAAAGUGGAGAACAUGUCAGUCAAUGACUCCUAGACCUCCUUCAAUCCCAGCCAAUCAUAAUGGUUCUUUACAAGCCCUCUAUUUUGUGUACCCUAUUCACAAUCAUUGUCCACUGAAACUGUCACACUGUCAUGUCCCUGCCUCCGUUUAUUUCCUCUGGGACAGUCCUACUAUGGUGCUGUCGAUGGUGAUGAUGGUGUCAUGUUAAAUAAUGUUAUCUCACGUCAUUCUCAAAUCAGUUUCCUAUAGAGGGAUCUUUGAAAUCUUCAAAUAAAAAUGUAUGGUGACAGACAUUAGCCAUUAGACUGAAAUGCCUUUAUGGCUGUGUAAUUACCUGAGGCAUUGUAUUAUAAUUCUGCUGUUCAAUUAAAGGGUCAUAUACAUGCAUGGUCAUAACAGUUAGUACUGGGAUUAUUCUGCAUCAGUGCCACAUUAGAGGUGGGAGUUUUAGGACUUUCUGAAUGGAAAUCAGUUAUGGAUAACAGACAGACCUCUUACAAUAUCCUGUCUUACAAUUAAUAUUUGCACUAUAACUUAAAGGUAAUUACUGAUUACUGUGCACUUACUAUUCACAUUUUCACAAAUGUCAAAGCAGUCAAAAAUGCAGCUUCCUCUCAUUCACGUCCAUCUUUUCCUUCAUUGAAACAUUACUACUUGUGAUUUGUCUAUAAAACAGGGAAUGUUAUUAUAUGUACAGUACUCGCUUAUUAUGAUGCCUUGUGUGAGGAGUAUGAUGGCAUUUGAGAAUAAAUCAAUACCUGAAAGAGAA